AUGACGUCUUUUGAUAUCUAGUCAAGCGUAUUUUCGGUUCUAUAUAAGCUUGGUGUUUUCUCGGAAAGCCGUUAGUGACAUUCAAACAAUGAUUCCCACGGGAUUGCUUUUACUCUUGACUGCCGGCUGCGUGUCCCUGGCCUCCGCUGGUUUUGGAUUUGGUUUUGGUGGCGGAAGCAUUGGACUUGGAGGCAAUGGAGGUGCCUCCAGCGUUCAAGGAAGUCUGCCUGGUCUGAAUCUAGGCGGUAGCUACAGCGGAGCAGGAUCCAAUGAAGCAUCCAUUGGAUUGGGAGGCCUUUCGGCCAGCGGCUCGCACUCCUCAGGAUCUGCCGGAUCGUUAGUGAAGCAAGCAACUAACGGUCUCCUGGGUGUGGCAGGUACUGGAGUCAAUGCAGUGACCUCCACAGCAUCCACUGCGGCCUCUCUGGGAGCUGAAGCGGCCUCGUUGGGUGCACAGAAGGCAGAUAAGGUUGCCAGCGGUCUCAUUGGAGCUGCAACAUCCGGAGCGGAAGCUGGAUCCACUCAUGCAGGACAUUUAAGCAUCGGUUCUACAGGAAAUUCCAACUCCGGAGAUGGUCAUGUGAGUCUUGAAACCGCUGGAGCCACCAACUCCGGCUCAGCCUCUCUAGGAGUCGGACUUUUAAGUAUCGGAGCCACUGGGAACACGGAAACCGGCUCAUUGCACUACAAUACGGGAUCAGCUUCUACAGCUGGUCACCUCAACAUUGAAACCUCUGGAAAGACUGGCUCCACAACGGGCUGGAGCAAUGCCGGACAUGGUAGUAGUUCAUCAGCUUCCGUUGGAUCUUCCGUGACAGACUCUGCCAAGAUCAGUGCAGGACAUGCUAGUACUGGAUCUCUAUCUACUGGCUCCGGGUCAGCUGCCCUGCAAGGUGGUUCUGCUAAGAUUACUGCUGGACACCUGAAUGUUGAGUCCUCUGGCAGUACUAUUUCCGGUGCAUCGAAAAAGGGUUCCGGAUCUCUAUCCAUUGGAUCGGAAUCUGCCGGACAUCUGAGUACUGGCGGAUCCACAGGUUUCGGAUCUGCUUCCCUUGAAGCAGUCAAACAAUCAGGAUCAGCCCAAAUCAAGACGGAGCACUACAAAGUAGCAUCAAGUGCUGGAUCCUCCAAAAUUGGUUCUUCUUCGGCCUCCCUGGAGGCUGGCUCUGCCAAAAUUACUGCUGGACAUCAGAAUGUUGAGUCCUCUGGCAGUACUAUUUCCGGUGCAUCGAAAAAGGGUUCCGGAUCUCUAUCCAUUGGAUCGGGAUCUGCCGGACAUCUGAGUACUGGCGGAUCCACAGGUUUGGGAUCUGCUUCCCUUGAAGCAGUCAAACAAUCAGGAUCAGCCCAAAUUAAGACGGAGCACUACAAAGUAGCAUCAAAUGCUGGAUCCUCCAAAAUUGGUUCUUCCUCGGCUUCCCUGGAGGCUAGCUCUGCCAAGACUAGUGCCGGACAUUCGCAUAUCAAAGCUUCUGAAACAAGUGGAUCCAGUUCAUUGCAUACUGCUUCCGGUACUACAUCCCUUGCACACGGACAUCUGAACAUUAAGACUUCCGGAGCUACUUCCGGAGCAACUACUACCGGGGCCACCACUUCCGGAGCAUCGCACACCUCUGGUUCUUCGAAAGGAUCUUCGAAAGAAUCUUCGGGCGUGGGUCAUCUAAAUAUUGGAUCUUCUGGCUCCACGGACUCUAGUUCCUCUACCGGAUCGCUUCAUCUGGCCCUAGGUUCAACUGGAACUUUUGGAUCCUUAACCUCUGGCUCUAACAUGGGAUCUCAUAAGAUAAGCGCCGGACAUUUGAGUAUCGAAUCCUCCGGGCUGAAUUUGGGCUUGACAGGAGCCCACGAAGCUGUCUCUGUGACCCAUGGAGUAGCUGGUGGAUUGAUAAAAGCGGCUGAAACAGGUGCCUCCGCUUUGUCUCCGGUUUCUCCGGUUAGUUCCGGAACCCUAAAGCUGGGAGGUUCUUCUGCAACUCUAGGAUCUAACGCUGAUUCGAUUUCCCUUGGUGGAUCCAAUGGAUAUCACAAGAGUAGUGCAAGUCUCGGAGGAAAUGGUUUAAGCCUUAGCGGCAAUUCCGGAAGUGCAGGACUUGGAUUCGGCGGUGCUCAUAUCGGGGGCUCCAUUAACCGAGGAGCAGGACUAUUCCUUGGUUAAAUUACUUUUUACAUUUAUGAACUCAAGAGUAUUGUGAAGCCCAGGUUUUAAAUACAUAUUACCUAAUAUGUCAAAGAGAAAUAAAUAAAUAAAUCAUCAUAAAUUAAAACAAUAAAGAAUAGUGUAUAGUAUAACUUUUAUUACUGCAACCGGAAAUGCUUCAACUUGCUUUACUGCAAUUAAGUCAUAAAAUGUGUAUAG